UAGUAUUAGUAAUCUCACUAACAGUAACAUCGUUACUAAUACUAAUAAGCAUUGCUGUUUGCAGUAACAAUAACGUUUUAAAAAAUUGAAAUAGAUAUUAGCAUCUUUACCUUGCAUCAUUACAUCAGUUUAUUGUUGUUUUACUAUGCAUAAUGGAAUUUGCCUAAUGGCAGUGAGUAUCACACAUUAAUCAAAUACCUAAAGAAUAUAAAUAUUUUUGAAAAAUAUGUAAUACUUCAUUUGGAGGCAUAUAUCAGUAUUAAUUCAAAAUAGUAUGUAUGUUAUUCAAAACAUUUGCCUCCAAAGUCCAGCAGCAGAGGUCAGAAAAUGGCCAUAUUUUUGGAGCAACUUAAACUUUAAUUAGCAUAAGCUAUUAUAGUUUAUACAUCAGAUUAAACAACAAAGUCUAUAUUGUGAUUCUUGAUGAUGCCAUUGCAUAAAACCUAAGCAAUUUUUGAAACAAAGCUUCAGUUUCAAAUGAAGAUACCUUAAAUAUUCAAAUCCAUGUCUUUGUUUGAAUAUAGAGACAAGUCAAGCUUCAUUUUAAACUCCUUUUGCACCCAGAUAUGAAUGUUUUGACUAAAAUUUUUCUUCAAAUCUGUUAAACUAUUGCUUAAUACAGAGGCAGCUGAUAAUAGUGUCACAUUGUUUAUAUUACUACAAAUAAGUAAUGUCUAGGAAACAGUAUGUAAACUCAUAUUGCACAAAGCAAGAAACUUAUUGAAUUAGUUUUACAAAAAUAUUUACCAGUAAUAAAAAUAAAAUACUUUGCUACCAAAUAUUUUGACUCUUGUCAUAGUUGCAAUUAUUUUUCUCCCAUUUAUUGUUACAAAAAUGGUUAAGUGUGAUAAUGGUCUGUCAGACAAUAUCAGUUGGAGGAAUAUAUACUUAAAUGUGAAGAACUAAUUGUCAUUAAUAAUUUUAAGGUCCUUUCUUUGCAUAACUUUAGCUUGCUGAGUGUUAAGCAAAAGCUCUUCUGGUCACCUUUAUAACUUUAAAGGUAUAGAACCUGGUUGCUGAGUUGACUUCCCUCAGACUACAGAAUAGCUUCUUAAUUUGAUGUUGUUCUCUCUCAGAAGAUAUGUAAACCAAAUCUGAAAAGAAUUCAUGUAUUUUCCAUCACAGACAUUUGCCAGAUCCCUUGCCCUUAUGUCUGAUGUGACCAAACUGAUCAGUUUAUCUCAGUAUGCAGGGAAGGACUUGCUGAUGUGCCAACCAAAUUUUGAAAAAUGAGCAGGAUAUCUUAGAUGGUAAUGUUACUUUUCUUUAUCAUAGAUGCUAAAAGUGUCACUAAUGGUGACUUAGCAGAAGUGUGGAGGCAGGGUAUCACAGAAAUAAAAACUUAUUUUUCAUUCAUCAACCCAAAGAAAUGUUACGGCAGCUGGGAAGACUUUGCAGAAGGAAAGUUAUUUACAGAAGAAUGUGGUAACCUUAUGGAAAAAAGAGCCAGCCCAGCAGGUUUUUAUACUGAACACGCUUCAUACAUUUCUGGAAACUUCUAGAAGAAGCAUGUGUGGAGAACUACACUACAUAAACAUCACAACAUUGAAUGAAAGCCAACGUUGGUAUUUAUUCUACAGUAGGGUGGCUCUGAUCGUAUCUACACGAGUGAAAUUUCAGUAGAUGAAGUAUUGUCAUGGCUAAUCAACUGGCAUAGAAAUUAACAACUGUUCAGAAGGAAUCAACAGAUAAUCAUAUGAUGAGAAUGUUCAGCCUGUGUCUGAUCAUCAUGUAGUUGGUAAUUUGGACCACCUUAUGUCUUUCAUCAAAAAACUUGAUGGAGAAUACUUUUCAACCAGUGAGACAAAUCUUCAUGCACAGAAAUAAUUUCUUUAUCUAUUACUAUACGAUGCCAUUGGCUGGCUAAUGGAUGAAAAAAGUACAGCCAUGGAUUUGGACCCACAAUGCUGAAGUAUUGUCUAUGAAAUCACAAAAUUGGCUACAUCAGUCGUGUCCUGUAAACAUUUUAAGUCUUACUUGUCUAUAUUCACCACCUUUAGAAGCAGAGUAGUAGUAGAUACUCUCAACAUGCCUUUACAGAACUGAGAAAUUCAUAACAUCAGCUACCCUUCGUGUCAAUUCCACACAGCAACCCUCAGAAGUAAUCUCAUACAUUCCAAUAGAUAUGUAGUUAUAUUUGUGAAUUCUUACUUUUUCAUUUUAUUAAAUAUCUAAUUUAAAUAAAUUUGAAAAGGUUUCUGAAGUAUCAUUUGACAGACAUUUGUAGAUGCAUUUCAAUGCUGGCAUUUGCCUAUAGACAAAUUAAUAAGUAUGAGUUGUUUGUGACAUGUAAAGCAUUAUUAAAGAUGUAUAAGAUAAUGAUUUGGAAGAAUAUAUUGUUCUGGUUUGUGAACUUAAAAGUUGUACAGUAAUUUUACUGAAACAUUACAUCACUGAUCAUGGAUAUUAAUAUAAUCCUAAAAGCUGUGUUUCAUUGUCAUAUACAUCACAAAAGGCUAAAUGUGAAUUAGUCAGGAAUUGAAACAGUUGUCUAUAUAAUAAUGUAUCUGAUUAUAAAGCAAAACAUGAACGUGAUAAUAGGAAGCAUUUAUUAAACAUUUUGUAAUCAUCAAAAUUCCAUCAUCAUUAAUCUAGAGGUACAAAACAAACAAACAAUAUUUGUAAUUGCAACAGAAAUAUCUUAUGUUUUGUACCUCUAGGUUACUGAUGAUGGAAUUAUGAUGAUUUUGAAAUGUUUAUUUAAUACUUUCUAUUAUCAAGUUCGGGUUUUGCUGUAUCAUUAAGUUACGUUUUCCAAAAAAUGAUUCGAUUACUGACAUACCUAAUGUUUUACCUUUUAAGAAGUGAUAAAUGCAAGUGUGAUUUUUGGGUCAAAAUUAGUUUUUUUUUUAUACACAUGUAGGCUAAAGCAGGGAGAUAAGUGUACAUCAUUACUCGUGUUACAAGGGUUUUCUGGUGUGGCAUCAUCCACGUCCUUUACCCUGAGACCCAAAGCUUCAUUUUAAACUAUUUUGAUAAAUGUUGUAAUACUGGUUUCAAUUCCUCAAAAAAUUGGGUGAGCCUGCUGCUGGACAUAGUGGCAGAGAUUCUUAAACGUUCACAUGUUAUGUCAAUUGUCAGUCAAAGUUCUUUGCUUUCUCUUGUCAGUUUUUCUCGAGUAUAUGGUGGCAGUUUAUCUAAAUAGUCAGCUGAGUAUUGCUGAGACUAGCUUUAAACAAGUAAGGAUUGGGAACAAACUAUCUGGAUUGUAUGACUGAGACCCUGAGGUCAUAAAUUAAGAUGCCAAGGAAAAUGUCAAGAAAAGUCACUGGCCUCCUCAUUAGAAGCAGAAAGAACAUAAUGAAUGAUGGUUUCAUUACUUCUGGAAUAGGAGAACCAAGUGUAUAUCAUGCUGUCGUAGUCAUUUUUCUUGAAUUCUUUGCUUGGGGACUUCUGACAACUCCUAUGAUUACCGUUUUAAAUGAGACAUUUCCAGACCACACAUUUCUACUGAAUGGAUUAAUAGUAGGAGUCAAGGGAUUUUUAUCUUUCCUAAGUGCUCCAAUGAUAGGUGCAUUAUCAGAUGUCUGGGGAAGGAAAGCGUUUUUAUUGUUGACAGUCUUCUUCACAUGUUCACCUAUUCCAUUAAUGAGGAUUAAUACAUGGUGGUACUUUGCUAUGAUCUCAAUAUCGGGUAUAUUUGCUGUUACUUUUUCGGUUGUAUUUGCGUAUGUGGCAGAUGUGACAGAAGACCAUGAACGAAGUUCUGCAUAUGGUUUGGUUUCUGCCACAUUUGCAGCAAGCCUAGUCACAAGUCCUGCUCUAGGAGCCUACCUGUCACAGGUUUAUAGUGAUAAUCUAGUGGUGGUAUUAGCAUCUGCUAUAGCUCUUCUUGAUGUAGUCUUUAUUUUGGUCGCAGUACCAGAAUCUCUACCAGAGAAGCUAAGACCAUCGUCAUGGGGAGCUAACAUUUCAUGGGAAAAUGCUGAUCCUUUUUCUGCACUUAAGAAGGUUGGAAAAGAUCAAAUGAUUCUCAUGCUUUGUACAGCAGUAUUUCUCUCAUAUCUUCCUGAGGCAGGCCAAUACUCAUGUUUUUUCGUUUAUCUGAGAUUAGUCAUGGGAUUUUCAGCUGAAGAGGUUGCCUUAUUUAUUGCCAUUGUGGGUCUACUCUCUGUUGUGGCACAGACAAUUAUAUUGACGAUGUUGAUGAAAACACUGGGGAAUAAAAACACUAUUAUGAUUGGACUUUUCUUUGAAAUGUUGCAGUUAAUGUGGUAUGGUUUUGGCUCACAAAGGUGGAUGAUGUGGGCAGCUGGUGGUCUGGCAUCAUUAUGCAGCAUUACUUACCCUGCUAUUAGUGCCUUUGUUUCAACACAUGCAGAAGUUGACAAACAAGGUGUAGCUCAGGGAAUGAUAACGGGGAUGAGAGGAUUGUGUAAUGGCUUAGGACCAGCUGUCUAUGGUUUCAUCUUUUAUCUAUUCCACGUGGAUCUAAAUGAUGAAGCCAACUUGGAAAAAUCGGUCAUUAAUACUCAGAACAGAAUUUCCUCCAAUAUCACUUACAUUCUAAAUCCGGAAGACACACAGCUGGUUCCUGGGCCACCGUUUGUGUUUGGAGCUUUCCUGGUAAUGUUAGCCCUACUGGUUGCUGCCUUCAUUCCUGAGUCUCACCCACUUGGCAACAGUAUUCGCUGUCCCUCACAUCAUCGACAUUCUUCUCUUUCUGCAGCUACAAACUCCAGUGUGAGCUCCGAAGGUCCAUUUCUUAAUGAUGUAGUUCAUAAGCGAACAGAUGGAAUGCAACCACUUUUACAUGAUACAGAACCUUUAUAACCAGUCAUUUUUCCUAUUGCAAAUAAUUUUUCUGUACUGUUCUUACUUCAGAAAUUGUAUUCGGAGAAACGAAAGAAGGCUGCACUGUACAUAGUAUAGAAUUAUAAAAAAAUUUAAAGGAUAGAUGUGGCUUUGGAAUUACAAAUUCUUUUAUGAAGAUGGUGUAUAUAUAUAUAUAUAUGUGUGUGUGUGUGUAUAGGAAAUACAUUAAUUGUAAAUUUUCUGAAGAUACUGUACUUUAAUAGACUGUUGAAUAUAUUCAUGAUAGUAGCAGCUUGUCAGAAGUUGCUGCUUUAAAAAAGGAAUAUAUUAGAUUUCAUACAUUUGUACGAUAUUUUAUAACAGUAAGUGGAAUGAGUGUGUUCUUAAUAAAACAUUACUGUUGAUCAUAGUGGGUAAUUGUAUGGAAUUGUGAUUAUUUCAACUGAGUUUUCACAACCAGUGCUGACUAGAUACUAGCCUACCAGGUCUUAGGCCUUUCUGUUUGAUCCCAAAUAAGGUUGAUCAGUCUUGAUGUUUCAGAUACCUGCAAGUGUUAGAUUUGUUAGCAGUAGUGAAGGAUGAUAAAAAAAAGGUUUAUUUUUAUUGUUGUUGAAAGUUUACUGUUGCUAGUUUCUCUUACUUGUACUUAAAACGUAUAUAAAAAAUACAGAUAAUUGUGAAAAAAAUUUUUUAGAUUAGUUAAAAAGUGCAUUUAUGUUUAGUAAUAUAUCUUGUGCCUUACAAACUCUCUAUUAAUUUAGUUUUUGCUUUUCAAUCACAAUUAUAUUAAUUUUAUAUGUAAGAGAAAUUGGGCAUAAGAAUGGAAUCUUUUUUAUUUUUAACCUUUGAUAUUUUAAAACAACUAUUCAAACAACAGAACCAAAAGAAAGAAAGUGUCAAACAUAAAAAUCAAAUACAAUUAGGAUACAAACUACAUUGUCAAAUGUGCCAUAGUAACAGAGAGAUCUGUAGUAGAAGUAGAACCCACACUGUUGUAUAAGUAGAUCAUAUAUCAAAUUUAACCUCUAUUCACGAGCCUGAUAUUUGGAAAGAUAUAACAAUUAAUUGAAAAAUUAAGAACGGAUACGAACACUCUUACCUACUGUGUCUCACAUUUAAAACUACAAGUGUACAACCAGUUAAGGAAAUAUAAUUACUGUAGUGAAGCAGAAUUAUAAAAAUUAAUGCAGUUUACAACAACUAGACCACUGAAGGUGGGGAUGGUGACAUAAAAAUAAAACCAGCCCCCAUGAUGGUCACACACCUAUAUGAACAGUAUAAUAAAGCAUAAAAUAGUGAUGUUAGAGAAAAUAUAUAUAAAAAUAUUAAAAGUUAUUAUGCUGAAAAAAAUGGUAAUUUUUUUGUAUCUAGCACAACUUAACUAGAACAUUCAAUGAUUAUGACCAUUCAUCUAACUGUAUGAGCUCUUUAUCAGUAUAAUGUCCAGGUAUAUUGGUUGAGUUUCUUACUAUUUUUUUGUGGACUUUAUAGAGAAAAGUCCAUAUUUUAUUUGUUUAACAGUAGACAAUUUUAAUCUAGUCUUGCAAAUAUUAUUAUACUGUUCACGAGGAGGCUGGAAUUUCAACUUCGGGAGAUAAGUUUUUACAUCACCCUCGACUGUUAAUUUGUUUUUUUUUUCCUUAUACUUCAUUAAGAGCAACUAGCUAUUCAUAAUUGAAGAUUUUAAACCAUUUAUGUUCUUGAUUUUGUUUUUCUUCAAAUAUUUGAGGCUUGUGAAUAGAGGUCAAAUCUGAUAGAUGUUGUUUCUCUACUGUCAUGUGAGUCAUAAAUCUUCAGAUAUCUCUCUUACUAAAAUACAUUAGAUGUGUGUGUCUGUGUUUAUAGAUAUACAAAGAUACACAUCUUGGUCAGUUUCCCAAAUUUAGUGGUUUUUGAACUUGAUAAUCUGACAUUAAGAAUAGAUAGCAUUAUCUUGUUCAUACAAGAUUGUGUUAAAAUCACAAAAUAAAAGGAUUUGUUCGUAACAUUUGGGAGGGAUCCAUGUCUUUAUACUAGCAUGUAAUUUAGGGGUGAGCUGUACCAACUAUCAAGUAGAAAGGGGUUAUAAUUCUUAUCAAACUGCUGUUGUACAGAAAUUUGUUGCCAAAACUUCAAACUGUGCAGCUCUCCAUCAAUAGUUGUUUAUUUCAAGUUCCACAGUAAUUUAGUUUUGAGUAUUUUAUUCAGUAUUGAUUAUGUUAGUUGAAAAAGAAAAAAGGUUAUGUAUUCUUUCAAAGAAUCUAUCGAACCCAAAGAAUAUUGCAGAAAGAUAAGUAGGAAUGUGAUGCUAACAUAUUCGUAAGAUAUGCCCCAAGUAACUAUACAGUGUAAUCACUCUGAAAGGUUUUCUAAGAAGUAUUGAAUAUCAGUUGUUUUGAUUAGUAGCUUAUAUGAUCAUCAAAGUCUAAUUACUAAUUACUUUUUAAUAAUAUUAAUACUGCUAGGUACUGAUUAUUUUAUAUCUUGUUUCAACUGCUAAUCAGUAUCUAAUAGUAAUGAUAAACAGAUUACUAAGUAAUUGAUAAUUAGAUAUAGAGAGCCAUAUAAGUUACUAACUGGAACAACCAUUCAUCAGUAUUCUAAUAAGGGAUAUUAUGGUUAUUUCUAUGGAAACCAAGUGUAUAAAUAGAACUAGUUGACUACAUCAGUAAAACUAUUGUGUUGUAGCAUUACAUUUCUCGAAGAAAAAGGAUCCCGUUUUUCUCCAUCUAUCUAGAACCAUAACCUUAAGACAGUGCUAGUUACAUUCAGUGCAACUGGAGUAUAUUACUUAUCACUGUUGUAUAUGUCUGGAAAAUUAUUGCACAGCUGGAAUGUUUUGUGUUGCCUGACCCUGACUGGCCUUAGUAUUAGCUAAUGUUUAUUUUUAAAUAAAAAUUUGGCUUUGUUUUUCUUAUACUUUUAAGUGUGUAUGUGCAUGUCACUCAAUACCACACUAUUAUACAUUUUUUAUUUACUUUUAUACUUUGUUUCAUGUCGAUUGCUUGAAAUAUUGUAUAACUUUGUGCAGAUUGUCAAACUGGAGUUUUUUUAUUCACAUUUCUACAAAAUAUAAAAAUAUCUAGAUAAGAAUCUAGAGGUGAAAUAGAACGGUUAAUGUUUCCUAGUGGGGAAGAAUGAGACAUUUAUACAAUGAGUAAAAUUAUUUUAGUGUACGUAUAACCUUCUUAACUCUUUCACUGCCAUCUAGAAUUCCCACCUAUUAUGUAUAAUAUGAAACCAUUCUUCAUUCAGUAAUAAAAUGCAACGUUCCCUUUCAGUUAAGAAUGAAAUGUGAUUUAUUCCUUAUAUUGCCUAGUGUGCAUCAGUGGUUUUGUUUUUAAUCGUUGUUUCCUUCAGUGCCAACUUGAUGAAAGUCAUCAAACACUAACAAAAGCGUUCUUUAUUUUAGAGCUGUAGAGGUGGUAACCCUACUGCCAUGAACAUAUAUAUUGUCUUCUUGUAGAACACUGCCAUACGAGUUUGAAAUUUUUAUACUAAUGUGAAUAAUAGGGUAUUCUCCAUCAAACUUCCUAAAAUUUAUCAGUUUCAGAAAAGUAUUAAAAUGUCUAUUUUUACUCUGUUGUUAUCUAAAGAUAAACGUAUCACUGGGAAAGUUCUAUAUCUAUAAACAUGGCAGUGAAAAAGUUCAAGACCCACUUGUGAAAAUAUUUAAAAGUAAUAUUAACUUUUGUCUGAAAGAUAAAAUUGUGUUUUCAUAUUGUUUUACAGCAGUUACUUUUAUAUAUAAUUGUAUGAACAUAGGUUUAGUCAAAUUACUGGAACAAGUAAAAUAACAUAUUUUUUCACAACCUUUAUGGUGAACUUCAAACUUGAAAUACUUGUCUUACACUACUUUCAUUUGUAGGGAAGAGAUAUUAAAAAUACAAAAUGUGUGAAAAUAAAACUGAUUUUAUGUUAAAACUAAAUAUAGUUUUGAUGCAAGCUCAUAUUUCUUUGUUGCCAGUAAAAUUUGAUGUAUUUUUCCAUUUCAAAAUAAUCUCUUACAAGAUAUUUCUCAAUCAACACAUGAAAUAUAUAAAUAAUAGUUACUUAUUCGUGAUGUUAUGAAAACAGUUGUGUUGAACAACUCAUUAAAAUUCAUUUUGUGUUCCACAAUUUUUUUGUUGGUAAAAUUAUUAAUUCUUUUGGUGGUAAUGCAUUUUCUUUUAUAAUCACUAAUAAACAAACAAAACAUGUUAACAUUAAUCGUUUAGGCUAACGUAUUCAUAAGAGGUAGGAGCAUAUUUUGUUUUUAUUUAUAUACAUAAAUGUGUGUGUAUUUAUAGGAUUAUUGAAAUCUUUCAAAGAAUUGACUGUGAUAUUACAUAAAACCUAUUUCCAUCCUUUAUUUAUAUUACUCAGUGGCUGAUAGAAAAUUAUUACAUAUACUAAUGUUAGCCUACUUUUCUUUUGUGGUUAUUAUGGGCUUUUUCUAGGUUUUAUUACUUUUUUAUUUCUUUUGUGAGUGUUGUGUGUUAGCAUUUGUUCUAAUGUACCAUUGCAUAAUUGUGUAACUUGUGACUUCAGAAAUUGUGUGAUCAUGGUUUUUAAAAGUCAUUUCAGAGCAUUAUGUAUAGAGUACAUGACAUGGAUACGUUGUCUUUUUUUCCUUCAGUGUUAUCUAUUCUCAAUGUAAGGGUGUUGCGUUUUUGAGCUUUAAAAAUCGUCUGUAAAAUUUAGUUGUCCAAAUAAAAUAAUUGCAAGUUUG